GCGACCGGACAAACGGACGUACGUUACACGGCUGCCAGCCCGUCCGUUUUAGCCUUUAAACACGGCUAUCAGCCGUAUGACUUAGAUGAACCGGGUGCACUCCCCCCCCCACUAAAGACAGGUCAAUGGGUCAACCAACGACCUCAACAAAAUGGCGGGUACUUUUGAGCAUCGCCACCUGUUCUUGCUCGAAAGAUAUGUUCCCUUUUGCAGAAAGCACCGAUUAAAGUGCUAGGAAGAUGUCCAAAGUCGAGGGUGGCGACGAUGCCCAGAAAGAUGAAGGACAUUUGAGGGGGGAAGUUUUGUUGAGUGGUUUCAUAAAGAAGGCUUUGCAAGCCAAAGUUCAGGGAAAAACCAAAGAUUAUGACAAUCUUGUUCAAAAAUUGACAACAUGUAGGGACGAGCCAUCUGACAUGAAGAAGUACUUGUUCGGGUUGAAAAAUUGUAUUUCCAGUUUGACCAAAGAGUAUGACACACUUGUUGGUGCUGCAUUGGCACUGCCCUGGUCAGAUAAAGAUGAUGGCACUGUAAGUGAAUUUGUGGAUUUUCUCACGAACCUGGUGUCAUCACAGACUUACUAUCUCCACGCUUGCCUAAAGAUGUUGAUCAAGAACUUCUCACCAGAUGAAAAGAAAGGACAGCCAUUGGAAGAGAUUGACUUGGAUGUGCAGCAAAAGAGAUUCCAAAGCACCCAUAAGGCUUUGCAAGCUGUUGUGGAAAUUGUUCCAACGGCUCCUGCAUAUUUGUUACCAGUGAUUGUUCAGAAUUAUCCUUACAUGAAGAAGUCAUUGGCUCACCACGAAUAUUAUGUGAAGAAUUUACUUCAACUUUUCAUAUACGCUCCAAGUUUACAUCAGGAUAUUUUGGAGGUUAUUUGCAGUCAUUUCCUGAAAAUUGAUGUGGAAAUCCCGAAAGAGGAACUCCACGAUGAAGGGCAAGGUGAAGCCACGCAGUUUGACGUAGAGUUGGAACACGACGGAGACGAGCAGGAGGAAACGACGAAGACUCAGGAUGAUGAUGAAGAAAGUCAACCAGAGAAAAUGAACAAUGAAAUGGCGGAAAAAUUAGAUGUCCUCAUGAACAUAAUGUUUAAAUAUAUCAAGAAUGCGUGUCACGUCGAAGAAAUGUACAACCUGGAUGUUGCAUCAGACGUGUUCGAAACAUUUCUUGAGGUGUUUUUAAAAGUUAUUUUCCCAACUCACAACUCCUGUCACGUGCAAUUUUUGAUAUUCUAUAUUUGUAGUUUUGAUGAGCUUUUUGUAAAUAAAUUCCUUGAAGUUUGCUGGGCAAAGUUUCAAGAUCCCAGUACGCCACUGAUACUUCGACAAACGGCUGCGGCGUACAUCGGAAGCCUGGUAGCUAGGGCUAACUAUAUCACACGGAGUGUUGUACAAACUUGUUUGGAACUGCUUGUGAGCUGGAUUCAUGGCUAUAUCGACGAGUUUGAUAGCGCAUCUGGAAGAGCUGACGCGAAUAAACACGGUCAUUUUUACUCUCUGUGUCAGGCCAUAUUUUAUAUCUUUGUGUUUUGCCAUUCAAAAUUAUUGGAAAACGAGGAAGGAAUAAAUUUUGUUCAGCGUCUGAACUUCGAGCGAAUCAUUACGUGUAAAUUAAACCCUUUGAAGGUCUGCCUUUCAACUGUUGUUAAAAUGUUCGCUGUUGUAACAAGAAUGAACGAAGUUGUAUUUUGUUACACCAUCAUUGAGAAGAACAAUCGCAGUAUGCUUCCUGUUGCUUCAUCAAGCUUUAAUUCAUCUGUUGCAAAACUUAGUUUGCUUAAUCAAUUGGAUUCAUUUUUUCCUUUUGAUCCUUAUAUGCUGAAGAAGUCUCGGAAAUUUAUUGAAGAUAUCUACCGCGAAUGGGAAGGACUGGAACCCGAUACUGGCCACUCCGAAGAUGAAGAAAACGAGGACUAUUUAGACCUUGGAAAGACACCAGAGUCGCUGCCGAUGGCAUCGCUCAAUUCAUUCAGUGAAAUGUCAAUAUCUCCUGGUUUCACUAAGGUUUGAUCUAAGCAUAACAACCUUACGCAUAGUGUAUUGUGCAUUAAUUGUGGCUGGCAAUCAUCCAGACUGACUCCAUCAUGCAGAAUUUUUGACACAAGCAAAUUUACGAAGCGUUAGACUAAUCGUAUUGUGGGCUAAUAAAACAAAAUGGCUACUGAAUAGCGACAGAACGAGAUACCAGUAAAUGAAGGCCUUUUGUGAUAAAGCUCUUUUGUGAUAAAGGUAUCCUGGUUUGUAGAAUUCUAACAAUGUGUCCUAGGAUUACUUUGUUAUGGUAUGCCACCGCGAAGUAAA